AUGCGUUCUCUUCUCAUCAUCAUCAUCUCAAUUUCCUUAACCAUAACAAUCAGUAGUUUUUCUUUAAAGGCAACAACUCCACCUGUAAGAAUCACUGACAAUGUCCAUUGCAACAACAAUAAUCUCUACUCAGUUUCAGGCUCAUCUCGUGACCUUGGAAGCAGAUUCAGACAGGAGACAAGAGGAUCCCAGGUUUUGUGUCCUGGAAGCAAGAAGUGUUCAAGAAAUGGUAAACAUCAAAUCUUCUUCGCUGGAGAUAAGCUUCCAGAGAGAAAGACUAGACGGACUUUGAAAGAAACUCAAGAUCAGUUUCAAGAAAACGUUGAAAGAUCAUCAAGACACCGUAAACAUAUAGUGGACAAGAAGUUAUUUUUCCCACAUCCAUGGUUUCGUCCUCCAAACCCAUUUGCACCACCACAUUCGAUAUUCCCACCAAACCCAUUUGCACCACCACAUUCCAUCUUACCACCAAACCCGUUCAAGCCACCGCCACCUUCGAUAUUCCCACCAAACCCUUUCAAGCCACCGCCACCUCCUUCGUUAUUCCCUCCAAACCCAUUUCAGCCACGUCCUGCUCCUCCUCCAUCAAUAUUUCCUCCAUUGUUUCAUCACCCUCCUCCACCUCCUCCUCCAUCGAUAUUCCCUCCAAUAUUUCACCAGCCUCCUCCACCUCCUCCUCCUCCUCCUAGUUCAAUAUUCCCUCCAAACCCAUUUCAACCUCGUACUCCUAAGCCUCCUCCAUCUCCUCCUCCAUCAUUUUUCCCUCCAAUCAUUCCUCAGCCUCCUCCAGCUCCUUCUCCUCCUCCUCCUCCUCCUCGAUGGAGAUUCCCUCCAAACCCAUUUCAGCCUCGUACUCCUCAGCCUCCUCCAGCUCCUCCUCCAUCGUUAUUCCCUCCAAUAUUCUCUCAGCCUCCUCCACCUCUACCUCCAUCUCCUCCUCCAUCGUUUUUCCCUCCAAACCCAUUUCAGCCUCAUCCUCCUCUUCCCGGUACUCCUCCUCCGCGCUCUCUCUUUCCAGGCUUAAAACCACCGCCACCACCACUACCUCCUCCUCCCCCUCCACCACCAUCAAAAUUUCCAUUUCCUCCAUUCCCAUUCUUUCCACCACCACACAGCCCUGGCCCUCCUCCUGCUUCAUCUUCUUCAGCAAGCAAACAACCUCCUUAA